AUGGGCGACCGCAUCGAGAGCUCGCCCUACCGCUUCAAGAUGCACGCCAACGAGUCGGACGUGCUGCUCUGCCGCUCCGCCCCGCUCUCCCCGCCGGACUUCGCCCUCCUCAAGCGCCGCAUCGACGAGAUGUACCAGGUCAACCUCAUCCUCGACAACCUCCCCGCCAUCCGCUACACCCGCAAGGACGACUACUUCCUGCGCUGGACGGGCUACCCCGUCGGCAUCCGCGUCGGCGUCGACUACUACGUCUUCAACCACCUCCAGUUCACCGUGCUCGUGCACCGCUACGAGGACCCCAACGUCGCCCGCGUCAUGGGCGCCGCCGCCGACGCCUCCGACGGCGCCGCCGUCCCCGCCAACGCCGGCAAGGACGCCUCCGCCGCCCCCGGCUGGAUGGUCGUCGGCUUCGAGGUCGUGCCCUGCAGCAUCAAGCACAACCCCGAGGACGCCAGGGCCGUCAAGAUGUACGGCAGGUUCCCCAGCAAGAUCAAGUGCGACCCCUCCACCGUCUCCAUGAGCAUCAAGGAGAACGAGCCCAUCGUCUACACCUACGAGGUCUCCUUCGUCGAGAGCGACAUCAAGUGGCCCUCCCGGUGGGACGCCUACCUCAAGAUGGAGGGCGCCAAGGUGCACUGGUUCUCCAUCCUCAACUCGCUCAUGGUCAUCGCGUUCCUCGCCGGCAUCGUCUUCGUCAUACUGCUCAGGACCGUCAGGCGCGAUCUCACGAGGUAUGAGGAGCUCGACAGCGAGGCGCAGGCCCAGAUGAACGAGGAGCUGUCCGGGUGGAAGCUCGUCGUCAGCGAUGUCUUCCGCGCGCCCAGCAACCCAAUGCUGCUCUGCAUGAUGGUUGGGGAUGGGGUUCAGAUCCUGGGAAUGGCCGUGGUCACCAUCCUGUUUGCCGCGCUUGGGUUCAUGUCGCCGGCCUCCCGGGGUACCCUCAUCACAGGCAUGCUCUUCUUCUACCUGGUCCUCGGGAUCCUGGCAGGAUACGCCAGUGUCCGCGUCUGGAAGACAAUCAGGUGUGGAGAUCACUCGGGCUGGGUGGGCGUUUCGUGGAGGACAGCCUGCUUCUUCCCUGGCAUCGCCUUCCUGAUCCUCACCACACUCAACUUCCUGCUGUGGGGAAGCCAGAGCACCGGCGCCAUCCCCUUCUCGCUGUUCGUAGUGCUGAUCCUGCUCUGGUUCUGCAUCUCUGUGCCGCUUACACUCGUCGGCGGGUUCCUUGGUGCCAAGGCGCCGCACAUCGAGUACCCGGUCCUGACCUACAUGCACCUCUGCGUGGAGGACUGGAAGUGGUGGUGGAAGUCAUUCUUCUCGUCCGGGUCCGUGGCCAUCUACAUCUUCCUCUACUCCAUCAACUACCUGGUGUUCGACCUCAAGAGCCUGAGCGGGCCGGUGUCGGCGACCCUCUACCUCGGCUACUCGCUCUUCAUGGUCAUCGCCAUCAUGCUGGCCACCGGCACGGUCGGGUUCAUCUCCUCGUUCUGCUUCGUGCACUAUCUCUUCUCGUCUGUGAAGGCCGAUUAA